AUGGUGUCCGCAAAUAAUCUAACAACACUCGAAAAGAUACUUCGAACCAUCACAAUAUCGAUUUUUGUGUUUUUCUUUGCUUGGUUUAUCCUUACAUCAAUUUAUCAAAAAUACACGGCCCCGGCUUUAGUCGAGUACACUACACUUACAGAUGGAAACACAAAAACCAGUCUACCAACAAUACAAUUCUGUCUUCAAGAUGUUAGCAUGAAUCCGAUUUCGGGAUUGAGCGUGUCCUCGAAAAUUACAAGUGCAGACAAAAAAACGGUUUCGUCGUCUGAUUCCUUAAUGAAAUCGACGCCAGAUACGAGUUGUGCUAUUUUCCAAGGGGACAAAUAUUCCUCAUAUAAACUAACAGAAGCUCCAACUUUUGGAUUCUUUUUAGACACUUCAGCAACAAACUCGACAUUCUUAUCGACUGCAUUGAUUCAUAUGUCAAUCUAUGACUCAUCAGAAAUAAACUCAUUCUUAAUUCCCAUCUCACAUCUUUACAUUCUAAAAUACACGGAAACUCGCUUCUAUGGCAUCGAUUCUACGUCGUCACCUAAACGCGACUUUGCAUUAUCGCCAUUUUUCCCAUUGACACAACCAACACCCACAAACAUCACCACUAUUUAUAUUUCGCAACGUGAUUCACAGAUCGACGUACGAACAGAAUACGCGUCAUCGCAUCCCACUUUGAAUUUCUUUGCGAAUCUUGGAGGACUAGCUUUUUUGUUGAUGUUUAUUUAUGGUUUGUUGUUUGGGAGUUUCCGAGUUGAUCCUUGGGGAUUGGUUGGAAGAUUGUUGGUACUUAAAGAAGAUUAUGUAAGAAAGGCGAAAAAUGUUUAUGCGAAAGGUGGGAAACGACCUGAAAUACCAUUCUUAAAUGAUGCUGAUAAAUCUUUUGAUAGGAAUUCUUUUGAGGGUGAGAUAAGAGUACUUCGACGACGUGUCGUAGCAUUGGAGCGCGUAUUAAAAGGAUACGUCGUAAGAACAGAUGUUGUUGAAAGAAUGUUUGCAGAAAACGAUGAAAUCAAUGAACGACGAUUUUUCUAA